AUGUUGCGGCCCGCGACGCCCCUCGCGGUGCUGCUUUUUGCAGCAUUCGGGCUGCUCACGCUGGCCACCAUAUCCACGCCAAUCAUCAAGCAAAUUCCCUUGAGCAGCUUCGAGAUCAAAGAUGUGGGCGAUUUGAGCUUUGGCGUUUUUGGUUACUGUACCUCAAGCGGCUGUAGUCCUAUAGAAAUUGGCUACGAUACCUCCGCCUUCUCUGACAAAAUCAACUCGGACUUCGACAUCCCCAGAGCAACCCGUUCUACACUUUCAAGUAUCCUGAUUGUGCAUCCAGUCGCUGCCUUGAUCACCCUGAUUAACUUCGUCCUUGCUAUUGUGGCCCAUUUUCACUCACCAUCCCAUUCAGCGAGAUACCUCCUGAUCCUAUUCAUUGUCAGCUUUGUUGACUUUAUUGUCUGCCUGUUGUGCUUCCUCGUGGAUGUGUUACUGUUCAUUCCACACUUAUCAUGGGGCUCUUAUAUUGUCGUUGCCGCCACCAUCUUGGUAGCGUUUUGCGGCCUGGUAACCUGCGCCAUGCGCCGAACACUUGUUAACAGGAAGGCGAACAGGAAGCGCAUUGCAGAAAAUGCUGAGAUGAGUGGAGAGAACUACUACAACCGUCAGGCACAAACUGCCCCCGUCACGCAGGUUACCGGCCCUCAACCAACCGUACCCAUGAUCAGCGGCGCGAACGGCGGAGGCGACAAGCUGCCCGAAUUCACUACUUUCGAGAAGAAGGACGACCGUAGCGAGGAAAGAAUCCCACUUACAUCGGUUAGCCCCAUCGAUCGGUCACCAGCGACAUUAGUCAACGAUAGCACGCCACCCAACUUUAUGGAUGGUGCGCCCUCUCGAUCACCAUCUACCACACCUGUUGGCCGAGACCAGUACGGGAACCCACUGCCACCUCAAGAUGGAUAUGCCAUGAGGGGUGGCCCUCAAAAUGAGCGUUUGAAUUCACGGGGUAGGGGUGGUAUGCCGCCCGGAGGCUACCGUGGACGUGGUGGCUUUCCCGGACCUGGAAGAGGUGGUGGACCUCCCCAAAAUGGACGAGGAGGCUAUGGCCCACCAGGACGAGGAAGAGGAGGCUAUGGUCCGCCGCCCCGCGGAUACGGAGGUCCAGGACCAAGAGGUGGCCGAGGCCCGCCGCCUCAAGGAUACCAAGGCGGGCCGGACCGAAGGCCAUCGCCAGGUGCUCCCUAUGGACCUGGCCCUGGUGUGGGCACCUAUGGUCCCAGUCAACCAUCGCCGUACGCUAAUAGGCAACAGUCCCCCGGCCCUCAAUUUGCUGCGCCGGGAUAUGGAAACCCUGAACAGCCAGGACCUCAGUAUUCGGCAUACAACCCGAGACGUGUCUCGCUCCCGAGAGCCGAGUCUCCUCCUCCGCUCCCCGGCAUCGACGACGGCAUGCCCGGCCCUGCCGUAGAGCUGGAUGCUUCUCCCGCAAAUCCGGGCGUUGGGCAGUACGGAAUCAGGGACAGUGAUUCAGAUGUCGCCGGCAUGUUGGCUAUGCAGCAAGCCAGGGUUCCAGACCCGGAUCGCGGCAAUGACGCGAAUGGUCAUAGCCAAGAAGGGCCUAACGACGUUUACGUGCCGCCCAGACAAGCAUGGAACCAAGGACUUGGGGGAAGCGCCCAGGGACUAGCGCCACCAGCAGCCCGUGGUCCAACACGUCCGAUUUCUGAAGCCGUCACAGCUUCCGUGGCCAGUGAUUAUUACGAAGACGUCGAUCCGCGCUUUGCUGAGCCUUCAGCCGCCGCGGACAAAAGGCCAUCGCCCAUCUCCAUGCAGCCACCCCCAGCAUCCAACUCAUAUGACGACAUUCCCAACCGAGCUAGGAGCCCGGCUGAGUCCGAAAACUCUAACUUCACCUCGAUAUCCCAGCGAGGCAUCAACCCGCGUUGGAACUCCGCCAACGCACCGAUGCCUCCUCCCGUAGCGGGAGUCUAUGCAGGAGGAGGAGGAGGCAGCAAUGUGGUACCUCGGCGGCCGGUUAAUCGCCCCGGCGCUGGUCCUGCUGAUGGCUCAGAUCUGUUUCUCAACUCUAACCCAGACUUCCAACUACCCGGGCGCGGUGGCAACAUCCCUAGAGCGGCCGGCCCCCGGUAA